AGGGGCGGGGAUUUUGAAGUGAGCGAGGAAAAAUGGCGACCAUCGUGAUGAAGUUGAACGGGGCUAUUUACACAACAGUAAUGAGUUUACCGUACAGCCCGGCAAACAAAAUUAGAGUAUCUGCGUUAUUAGUUUUAAUACUCGCUUUUUCGAGUAGUAGUUCUGGAGAAAACACAUAUGAUGAUAAUACUUAUGAAUUUCUCAAGCGAGAGUAUUCGCUGAGUAAGCCAUACCAAGGACUGGGCUCCUCCAGCUCCUCACACUGGGAGUUCAUGGGCAACACCAUGAUCAUGCCUGAACACAUACGGCUGACACCAGACCUGCAGAGCAGACAAGGAGCUGUAUGGAGUCGUAAUCCCUGCUACAUCAGGGACUGGGAGCUGCAAGUACAAUUUAAGAUCCAUGGUGAGGGCAAGAAGAACCUGAAUGGAGACGGCCUUGCAAUAUGGCUCACCAAAGAGCGAAUGCAAAAUGGUCAAGUGUUCGGAAACACAAACUUUUUUACAGGUCUGGGUGUUUUUGUAGACACUUAUCCUAAUGAUGACAAGCAGCAUGAGAGAACGUUUCCUUUUAUCUCUGCAAUGGUGGGAAAUGGGAGCGUUGCAUAUGAUCACGACCAUGACGGACGGUUUACUGAUCUCGGUGGCUGCACUGCUCACGUUCGCAAUGUUGAAAAUGACGCAUUCCUCUUGAUCAGAUAUAUGAAGAACAGACUCACAGUGAUGACGGAUAUCGAGGGGAAGCAAGAGUGGAAGGACUGUCUGGAUAUACCUGGAGUGAGGCUGCCACAAGGUUACUAUUUUGGCGUCUCGUCAGCUACUGGAGAUUUAUCAGAUAACCAUGACCUGAUCUCCUUCAAGCUGUAUGAGCUCACAGUGGAACGCAGUCCUGAAGAGGACCAGCAGGAGAUCACGUUGCCUAGUGUAGACUACCGAGUGGACUCUAAUGUUCAUGUGGAGGACGAAGGAAGGAGCAUCAUCACCACUUUAUUUCUCUUCAUUGUUUCCGUCGUUGUGCUGGUUGUAGUGGUUGUGGUUAUUAUCUUUCUAUAUAAUCACUAUAAAGAGAACCGUCGCAAACGCUUCUACUGAGCAAAUUGAAAAACAAGUGACAGGAAGGAAAUGGGACGAGGGAUCCAACAUGAGUGUGACUGGUAUUUUUGCAUAGGGCUGCUUCUGGUCCUCACCAACAGAAAGGACCUAAAGGCCAACACUGAACUAAAAGCCAUACCUGACCUCAAUCAUGAUUAUGAUCUCAAAAAACUGUUCAAGAAUAUUUGAAAGAGUGUGCAUCAGUUUUUGAAAGUCUCUAGAGACUUUUGUGUGAGCGUAUGAUGCAUUUUUAUAUAGUUUAUCAAACUGUUGUAUUCUCAGGUCGUCUACUGUAAUGCCACUGCAGAAAUCCCAAAAGCCCUUUUGUUCUGCCUUCAAUUGGACAGAAAUUAAUCAAAAUAUAAUAUAUCACCUAGACUUUGACCUCCAUCUGUCACCAUCAUCUCAUCAGCUGUCAGCACUCAUCUCUUAACUUGUGUAAAAUUGAUUCAAUUUGAUUUUCAUCCUUAUGUAAGUAAUGCUGGCCGGCUGUACUGUUAUAAACAGACAGUAACAACCAUCAAUGUGAAGAAUAUUUUUCCAAAAUGUCUGUUUUGUAAUACUUAUAAUGUCUUUAGUUGUUGUUUUAUGUAUCAAAAGCUGCACUGAACUGCUUGACCAUAUGUAGCUUAUUUUAAGUUACUUUGGAUUAUGAUUUAACUACUUCGGGUAUCAACUUGUUAAACCUUUAUAUUUCAUGUCUUCAUGGCCUUAUUUGAAUACUAUGUUUAGUAAUGUUGAAGUGCUGUGACGUGUUUAUUCCCGUAUCUUAAUAUCUUCCAUAAAGAGGCAGAGAUGUAAAGCUGGUGCAGCAAUUUGACAGUUCCUGAGUUUUUCAAUAAUUGCACUAUUGCAAAGAUAUGCAAGAGGUUUUGCUUUUGUCCAAGUUCCAGUCUUUCCUAUCACUUCUAGUCACUGCUCUCCACAGACUAUUGUUUUAUACUGGGAGAGAUUGUUAUUGCUGUUGUCAUCGGCUCAGUGAUUGAGCAAGCUGCUGUAUCAAACUGAUGUUUUCAUGUUCGUCACCAACAUAUUGAAUGUUGAAAAUUCUAAAUUAAACAUUCAACGUUUGUCUUCUAAUUGGAUGUUAUGUAUUGACAACGCAAGUUUUUAAUAUGAUUGAAAUGUUAGGAAUAGUAAAUUGUUUUACAGUAAGCUUUUUUCAUAGCUUCUAACAACCCGUAAUUAUUUGUAUACACUCUAAAAAAAUUGUUUCAACAAAAAAUAAAAGCAACAGUCUUCAACAAUC